GUCAAUAAGUGUGUUUGGCUUACAAGCCAUGCAAGCUUAGCCUAGGAUCUGAAGAGGCUGUUUCGGCGAUUAACUGCGAUAAAGGAGACAUAUAUUGAUUGAAGGAACCUAAUCUCAACAUGAUGACCGCAGGAUAGUGUGCCAUCAUGACGACUCUUGAUGAUAAGCUUCUUGGGGAGAAGCUGCAGUAUUACUACAGCAGCAGUGAGGGUGAAGAGAGCGACCAUGAGGAAGAAGAGAGCGCAUCUAAAACCAUCCGCGACCAGGAGGUGCUGGAUGUGGAACUCAGCUACAGUGCAGAUGGCAGUUCGGUCAACACUGGGCCGAAGGGAGUGAUCAAUGACUGGCGUAAAUACAAGCAGCUGGAGAACGAGCAGCGCGUGGAGCAGCAGAAAGAGAUGGAGCGACUCAUCAAGAAACUCAGCAUGACCUGCAAGUCACACCAAGAGGAAGAAGCCGACAGACAGAAACAGAAAGAGCUGCAGGAUAAGAUCGCAGGCAAAAUGAACCUCCGUGUGGAUGAAGAAGAGGAGGAGGAGGAGGAUGAUGACGAUGAUGAAGCCUUCCUCCAGCAGUAUCGUCUGCAGCGCAUGGAGGAGAUGCGACGACAGCUGUGUGGAGGGCGGCGCUUCGAAAAGGUGAUUGACAUCUCCUCAGGGGAGGAGUUCCUGCGUGCCAUUGACGAGGAGGGCAAGAACACUCUGGUGCUGGUCCACAUCUAUGAGCCAGAGGUGCCCGCCUGCCAGGCCAUGGAUGGAAGUCUGCUCUGCCUCGCACUGCAGUACCCAAUGGUGAAGUUCUGUCGUGUCCAGGGCUCUGCGGUCGGCACCAGCGCUCUUUUCCGCAGUUCAGCUUUGCCGGCUCUGCUGUUGUACCGCGGCGGUGAACUGGUGGGGAAUCUGGUGCGUGUCUCCGAUCAGCUCGGAGAUGAUUUCUACGCCACAGACGUUGAAGCUCUGCUGCAGGAAUACGGGCUUCUUCCAGAGAAAUACAUUCAGCCAAACACACACUCGUCUAUACGCAAUGCCGCUGUCACUCACCCUAACGAGUCAGACAGCGACCUGGAUAUAGACUAAAUGCGUAAUGUCUGUAUACAAACACAUAGAUCCAGAAGAAUAUACACUCUUGUAUAUGUUCACACAGUGAUUGAGACCCAAUACAGUGAACAAAAGCAUAAACAACGGAACAAUGUGAGCUACACUACUGUCAAUACACCAUUCACCGAUUACUGGACCAAUACAGUAGAUAUCAUUAGAUGCAUUCAUGUGUGUGUCAUUUCCGACACUUCCAGAAUCUGGAGUGUUUCUUUAUGCAAAGAAAAAUGCAAAACCCUUCAGAGCACCCUGCAUUGAUGUUUCACUAUUUAUUAUAGUUUUAGAUUUAUAUGUUUGUUUAUUUGUGUGUUUUUGGACAUCUUGGUUUGCUUUACCCCUCUGUUAGUUUUAUACAUUUUGUAAACCUAUCCAUCAAGACAAAUGCAAAAAUAAAAACAAAUGAUUCAGAUUU